UGCAACCUCAAAGUGCACCCAGUAGAAGAAAAACAAGUAGAACUCUGACAGGAGCCAGUAAUCUCUGUGAAGUACCAUUAACAACUGCCUCAACGCACCGUUAGCAACUGACUCAAGUCGGGGCCCCACCGUGGUAGCAGUCAUCUAGUUAACUCCCAUUUCCAUUCUCUCUUCAGUUCUCACUCGUCAUACUCCGGUACAUGAUUUUCCAUGUCGACUAAUACCCCAAGAACCCAACUUUCUAUCAAUAAAAUCAACGAAUCCCACAAAAUCUUACGAGUUGCCCUAAUUUCAAGAAUUCUUCUUAUAUCUCUAAUCAUCUUAUGGAGAUCUCUACUCAGUCCUUACGAUACUUCAGCAAUACUAAACCCUAACUGUCUCUCUUCAGAUUCGUACACUUCUUCUGAAUUGCCUAUUUGGCCUAAAAUUGGAUCCGCCAUAGAAGGAAGUAUUGUGUGGGAUGGAGUUUAUUUCAUCAGGAUCGCUCAAUGUGGUUAUGAGUAUGAACAGACCUAUGCAUUUUUCCCUCUUCUACCCAUUUUUAUUUAUAUACUAUCUCGAACUGUUUUUGCUCCACUGGUACCUAUUAUUGGAUACAGAGCGGUGUUAGGUUUAUCAGGAUACUUUAUCAAUAAUGUAGCAUUUUUGCUUUCAGCUGUUUACUUUUACAGGCUUUCAGUUAUUAUUUUGAAGGACGGUAAAACUGCAUUUCGCGCAUCCAUGUUAUUUUGCUUCAAUCCAGCUUCCAUAUUUUAUUCAUCAAUAUAUACAGAGAGUUUGUAUUCUUUAUUUUCUCUCGGUGGUAUAUACCACUUACUAUCUGGUGGAAGCACUAUCGCUGUGCUUCUGUUUGCUCUCUCUGGUGCUGCAAGAUCAAAUGGUGUGCUUAAUGCCGGCUAUAUCUGUUUUCAGGCAAUACAUCGGGCUUACGAUGCUAUCGUCCAGAAAAAACGUAUUGGGUUGGCUGUGAUGACUCUUAUAGAUGGAGCUUUGCGAUCUCUAUGCAUUUUUGCCCCAUUCGUUACUUUUCAAGCUUAUGGAUACCACAACCUUUGCCGGGGGCUCGUAUCAGAUGAAAUGAGGCCUUGGUGCAAAGCAAGAGUGCCUUUUUUGUAUGACUUCCUUCAAGGCCAUUACUGGGGGGUUGGUUUCUUUAAGUAUUUCCAGCUGAAACAGUUGCCCAACUUUCUUCUUGCGUCGCCUAUACUAUCUUUGGCACUCUGUUCAAUUGCACAUUAUGUGAAAUCGCGGCCUGAAAUUGUUAUCUCAUUGGGUUUCCGAGCUUCUCACAAGGAAAAGAACUUAGCUGCUAUUCUAUACCCUUCUGGAGUAAAAGGAAGAUUGAACGAUAUUCAGGUCUCAGCGAACUUCUCUUCUGAAGUCCUCAAAGAAAAUCCCACUCUUAAACAGAGGAAAAAGAUGGGCAAAGAACAAACUCUUAGUUCUUCUCUAGACACUAUACCAUCAGAGAACGAUGAAGUAGUUCCAGCAAAGUCAGACUAUGCUUCCAUAUCAGUUCUUCCGUUCGUUCUACACCUGGCGUUUAUGUCAGCCACAGCAUUUUUUGUGAUGCACGUUCAAGUGGCAACUCGCUUCUUGUCUUCCAGCCCUCCUCUGUAUUGGUUUUCUUCGUAUUUGAUGGCGUCCUGUGGCAGAUGUGCAUAUGUCAUUUGGGCAUACUCUGCGGCAUACAUCCUUCUUGGGAGUUUACUCUUCUCUAACUUUUAUCCCUUUACUUGACUCGCUUUUCUGUAUUAUCAAUUGUAGAUUAUGUAUAAUAUCUUCAGUUGUAUGAAUUUUGUUGGUAAUUUUGAAAAAA